AUUUUCUUUCGUAUCGGAUCGGCGAAGAUCGCUGGCGAAAACAACAUAAAGGUGACGGCGCCUCCCGCACUGUAUAUCUUUCUCAUUCGUAGCAUCUGUGUUCUGUUUUUGAUCUCGUGAAUACAUAUUGCUUUUCCCUCGAUAUCAUCUUCUAUCACGUUGACAUCACCUCGUCAUACACUCCCAUUUGUAUUGCCAAAAACGUCAAACAUACGUCAAGCUUGACCGUUGUAUCACUACGACUGGAAAACUGAACGGAUAUUCGAAUCAACAACACGACAGCGCACAACAGCAAGAUUUCAAUAUCUCGAAUUGAAAAGAUCAGUGUGGUCUCUAAUCGACUUGACCGCCACCAUGUCGCCUCACGCACUCGCACCCUCAGAUGAUGGCGAUAGCAUCCAAUUCGAGACUUCAAGCCGCAGGCACGAAUAUGAAGACGUUCCUGAAUCAUUGCUGCAACGAUUCCCCGACGAUGAGGUCCAUGAUCUUGUCUGCGUCGGAUUUGGCCCAGCGUCAUUAGCCAUCGCUGUAGCCCUUCACGAUGCUCUGGAGCUCAACGCCUCGAAGCUGUCCACCGAGGCACCCAAAGUCCGUUUCCUAGAGCGUCAAGACGGCUUCGCCUGGCACGCAGGCAUGCUCCUACCCGGAGCCAAGAUGCAAAUCACCUUCAUCAAGGACAUGGCGACUCUACGAAACCCGCGAAGCGAUUUCACUUUCCUCAACUACUUACACCAAAACGACCGAUUGGUCUCCUUCACAAAUCUUGGUACAUUCCUCCCGCAACGAGUAGAAUAUGAAGACUACAUGCGGUGGUGCGCGGCCCACUUCUCCACCGUGGCCGAUUACAGCCAGGACGUGCAGAAGAUUGAAAUCGGCAAGGUCAACCCCAACACCGGCGCGAUCGAGAACUUCCAGAUCUCGUCCGUAGACCACCGAACCAGCCGUCUGACGAAACUUUACGCCAAGAACGUCGUCGUCGCCGCGGGCGGUCGUCCUAACAUCCCCAAGCCUCUCCCACAAUACCACCCGAGAAUCCUGCACUCCUCGCAAUACGCCACUCAAGUCCACAAGCUCUUCCCCGAAGGCACCAGCCCGAAACGCGUCGUCGUCAUCGGCGGCGGACAGAGUGCUGCAGAGGUCUGGUACAACAUCCCAUCACGCUUCCCAGGAGCACAAUCACUCCUGGUCAUCCGCGGAGCAGCUCUCAAGCCCAGCGAUGACUCUCCCUUCGUCAACGAAGUCUUCAACCCCGAAAAGGUCAACGACAUCUUCUCCCAAACCCCCGAAAUCCGCUCCAAGCUCAUCGCCCACGAUAAAGCGACCAACUACGGCGUGGUGCGCCUGGAACUCCUCGAGGAAAUCUACAACACGAUGUACACCUACCGCAUCCAGCGCCUCCCGGAAUCCUCCUGGCCGCUCCGCAUCCUGAACCACCGCCGCCUCGUCAGCGUCGCCGAUGGUCCAGGUCCGGCCGGCGGCAAGGGCCUCCAGCUCGAAGUCCAGGACGACUCGGCGCUGUACUGCGCGAACAUGGAGUUGCGUCGGGAGGUUCUGUCCGCAGACCUCGUCGUCGUGGCCACGGGCUACUCGCGCAAUGCGCACGAGGACAUGAUGCACGAGCUCCGUGAGUUCAUGCCCGGCGGCGAUGCCGAGGGUAAGCGCUGGAGUGUCGGAAGGGACUAUGGUGUGCAAUUUGAGGAGGGGACGGUUGCGCCUGGUGCGGGGAUUUAUUUGCAGGGAUGUAAUGAGCAGACGCAUGGUCUGGCGGAUUCGUUGUUGUCGAUUUUGUCGGUGCGGGGAGGGGAGAUGGUGGAUACUAUCUUUGGAGGCGAGAAGGUCGCUGUGGCGUAGAUUGAGAUGAUGUUAUAAUCUAAGGAGGGACGAAGAACAUUGAUGCAUUUGCAUGAUCUGCUGGAUCUAGAUAUCAAGAGAUAGCGGCAGAGGUCGAGAUUUUUUUUUCUGAGUUAUACAUGGGUCAUCUGAAUGCUUCAAAUGAGAGGAUGGAAACGUGAGGGGUGAAAGAGUUGCAAGUUUGGCAUCUUGAUGAGUGGCAUGCUACAUCCCAGGAUCAGGAAGUCAUUCACAACACAAUGCAUGGAUUUUCAACAUGUCAAUGGAUAUCAUUUCAAUUACUUAUUCGCCCAAAUCAU